AUGAUCUCAAAGAAAACAGUGCAGUAAGUAGUUGUCAACUCAUUUUUCCUUCUUAAUGAAAGCUAAACCAUAAAUUUAAUUGAAUAAUUUACCCAAUUCUGUUUGAGCAAAAGUUUGUUGAAGGUAGAUGUAAUUAUGAUUUUUCAGAUCAAACAUGGAGUGGACGGAGGAACAUGACAACUGCUUGUGCCAAGAAAUUUUAGUACUUGAACCCUUUAAGUACAAGAAAGGAAGCAUUUCUAGAGGUCAGAUCUGGGAAAAAAUUGCAAACAAUCUGAACGGCCUUGAGCUCCCCGAUUCAAAGUCAGUAAGCGUGCUGUUGAGAGAGAGAUACACGCUGCUGAGCGAGAAAUUUAAAGCAAAGAUGAAAGACGAAGAGAAGGCCAGCGGAAUCGAAUGUGAUUUGAGUGAUGUGGAAAAGGCUCUGGAAGAAAUAGCCGAAAAAAGUUGCAGCUGA